AUGGAAAACCUCACAAUCUCCGACGCCCCUGCACAGGGGGGCCAAUCCGCUCUCGGCGGCCGCGCGCCGCCUCCUCCCCAACAGACUCAACUUCCGCCGCAGAUGUUCACCACCGCCGCCCAGUUGCUGGAUCUUACUGACAAAAAGCUUAUGGUCGCCCUCCGUGACGGUCGCAAACUGAUCGGUGUCCUUCGCAGCUGGGAUCAGUUCGCAAACCUCGUCCUUCAAGACACCAUCGAACGUGUCUUUGCCCACCCUGAUCCGGAGGCGAACCCACCCCGCCCCUCGGGGCUCUUUGCCGACAUAAAGAGAGGCAUCUUCCUCGUUCGCGGCGAGAAUGUGCUCCUCCUGGGCGAGAUCGACCUUGACAAGGACGACGACCCACCCCCGGGCUACGAGCCGGCUGACCUUAAGCUGGUGCACAAGCUGGCCGCUGAGAAGAAGGAGCAAGACAAGGCGCGUGACAAGAGUCGCAUCAAGAAGUUGAGCAAGCUAGGCUUCGAAGGCGAGAAUAUGGGCGAAAUUCUGCUCUAA